UUUAGGAAACACGCGGGAAUAUGGCGGACAAUUGGUUGGGUCCCACCCUUUGUCUCUCUAACUCCCUUCUUCUUCCCCUCCACUUUCCCCAAUUUCCCUUCCCUUUUCCUCUCAGACCUCCUUCCAUGGCUUCCUUUCCCUCCUCAAGCCCUAACCAUUGCUGCUCCUCCACCUCCAAUCCCGACCCCGGCCCCUCCCAGCCCUCUCUGCUCGUCUUCUCAGGUGGAACCGCCUUCAAUGGCGUUGUUGAGGAGCUCAAGAAUUUCACCACCCGCGUCGCUCAUGUCCUCCCUGUUUCCGACGACGGAGGAAGCACGGCUGAGAUUGUUCGCGUUCUUGGUGGUCCUGCUGUUGGAGAUAUACGGUCCAGAUGUUUGAGACUGUCUGAUCAGAGUACUUCCGAGGCGCUCGCUGUCCGGAGACUGCUUGGUCAUCGUCUGCCUCUUGAUCCACGUGAAGCCAAAUCAGAAUGGUAUAAUAUUGUGGAAGGAGAACAUCCUAUGUGGAAAGGUGUAUCGAAACCUUACAGGGAAACCAUUCGAGCAUUUCUGGUUUAUUUUCAGAACCAGAUUCUCCGACGUGCUGAUGACUCAUUUUGCUUUAGCCAUGGCAGCAUUGGGAAUUUCUUUUUUGCAGGAGCACGCAUAUUUUUUCAGUCUUUAGAUGCCGCAAUAUUUUUGUAUUCGCGUGUUUCAGAUAUUCCUUCUGAAAGUUUGGUUCUCCCUGUGAUUUCAACCAAUGACAGGCUCACAUUAGGAUGUGAAUUAAUGGAUGGGACCAUAAUACGAGGUCAGAAUGAAAUUUCUCAUCCAACUACUGGAUCUAUGGAACCCAUCAACAAGGCAAGGUCAUUAGUUCCAGGGCUUCCUUCAAGAAUAAAGAGGGUGUUCUACAUGUCAAGUGAGGGAAAAAAUUUACUGCACGAGGUCUUCCCCGCAGCAAACCCAGCUGUCCUCGAGCAGUUGAGUAACGUGGACUGCAUUGUUUAUGCUAUGGGAUCUCUCUUUACAUCCAUCUGUCCAUCCCUGGUAUUAAUCGGCAUUGGGGAGGUCAUAUCUUCAAGGUUCUGUCCCAAGGUAUUUUUGUUGAAUGGCACCGAUGAUCGAGAAACAAGUGGCUUCUCAGCUUCUUGCUUUGUAACUGCUAUUACAGAUGCACUUAAUCGAACGUAUGGAGAUCAUCAUAAUUGCCUGGAAAACCUUCCCAGUCAAUACAUCAAUACCAUUUUAGUACCCAGAGAUGGAGAAAUUCCUGUAGACGUUGAAAACUUGGCUGCUCAAGGAAUCUUGGAUGUGAUCCUUGUCAAUUCUAUACACGAUCCGAAAGUUGGUGUUAUAUUUGAUCCGAAGUCAUUAAUAGACGCACUCGCAGAAGUGAUAGGCAGAUAUAUGAGCAAAACUGAUACAGUGGCUUAAAUGCCUACGAAUGAUGUUGAAGAACAAACAUCAGUAAAUGCCAAUGGUCAAGUGGCUAUUGAUCAUUUGUGCUCGUCAG